AUGGCACUCCUCGUCGCCGUCGUCUCGGUCUCGGUUGUCGACUCGGUCCUCUUGGGCUAUGACAGCUCGAUCAUGGGCAGUCUCAACGUGAUGCCGACAUAUCAGAACUACUUCACUUUGACCACGGCCACCAAGUCCCUGAAUACGGCCAUCUCGUACGUUGGAGGAUCCUGUUCUGCCCUCCUGGCUGGAUUUGUCGUCGGCUGGAUUGGCCGAUGGAAGAGCAUUAUGCUUUCUGCAGUGCUCGCGCUUAUUGGCGCCGUCAUCCAAACCGCGGCCCAAAACAUCGGCAUGUUCAUCGCUGGGCGUUUCAUCGUCGGAGCGGCACUAGCACUGGCCCAGACAGCAUGUCCGAUCUAUGUGGCUGAGUGUGCUCCUCCAAAGCACCGCGCCGUGGCAUUAGGUCUGUACUACGCUUGCUGGGGCGUCGGGACCCUUCUCGCUUCAGGUGUUUGCUAUUCGACGCAACACUACUCGUCGACAUGGGCGUGGAGAACACCCAGCCUGGUCCAGAUUGUCCCCAGCAUCUUGUGUAUGAUUGUCCUCCUGUUCCUUCCAGAAUCACCCAGGUUUCUCAUUGACCAUGAUCGGCACGAUGAGGCUCUGGAAGUGCUAGCAGCGCUCAACGCCAAUGGCGACAAGGAGGCUCCAGUGGUGCUCGUUCAAUUCCGAGAGAUAACCGACACGAUUGCUUGGGAGAAGAGCCAACAGCUCUCCUGGCGACAGUCAUUCAGCACCCCAGCGAACCGGAAGCGCAUCAUCAUCACUGCAACAUUUUCCAUUAUCGUAAUGCUUCCAGGGACCAACAUCAUUACCUUCUACUUUGGUGACAUGCUGUCACAAGCUGGAAUCAGCGAUCCGACAACCCAGCUCGAAAUCAAUAUCAUCUUGACCUCGUGGACACUGGUCGUCUCUCUGGCGGGUGCUUGGUUCGCCGACUCCCUGGGCCGAAAGACGCUCUGUGCCAUCAGCCUGGCUGGACAAGUCGUCACAUUCUAUAUCCUGGCGGGACUCACGGCAGUGUAUGGUAGCUCGACAGACAAGUCAGGGAUAUAUGGCACCAUAGCCAUGAUUUUCCUCUACAACGCAUCGUAUGCCUACGGCAUCACCCCGCUUACGGUGCUCUACCCGCCCGAGGUCCUGUCGUACUCGCUGAGAUCAGUUGGCAUGGGUUUGUACACGCUGACCACGAAGCUGUCGGGCCUGCUCGUGACCAUGGCGUUUCCUUUUGCCCUGGACGCCAUUGGGUGGAAGACCUACAUUAUCAAUGCCAGUGCCGAUAUUGUGAUGUUGGUCGGCGUUCUCUGGUAUUGGGUGGAGACAAGAGGCCUCACUCUUGAAGAGGUGGACAAGGUCUUUGACGGCGUCAAGCAUUCCGACGUGCCUGAUUUGAAGGCGGUAACUGAGGGGGAAGUCGAGGUCGGGUCCGAGUUACUCAAGACAGUAACGAGCAAUGUGGAGAACGAGGAAGUUGUUAUCACAAAGACCAAAUGA